UCUCUCUGGCCCUCACGCUGCCGCCACCUCUCCCCGCCGCCGCGCUCGCUCGAGCUCGCGCGCCGCAACCGCAACCACCUCUCCUCCGCUCGUCGCUCCCGCCGCCGCGCCGCACCGUUGUAGAACCGUCAAACCUCAUCCUCCCAAUGGCCGCCGAACUCUGCAUCCUGUGUUGACCCUGUCCGCGUCCGUCCGGCACUUCCCGUCCACGUCCGGCGCCGGGCUCCUGCGCCGGAAAAGAACUCGCAGCCACCAGGAGGAGGUCGCCGCAGCCAGAAGGGAGCUCGCUGCCGGCUUCUCGAAUCGUCCCCAACCUUGUCUCUCCGUGCCUGAGAAGUCUAUUGUGCUGCCCGCUUCCACCAUCCAAGAGAAUCCUAACAAGAACUGCAUCUGCUACUCACCACGGUUCCUGAACCUGUAGUCGACCAGCGCAUCAAGGAAAAAGAAUGGCAAGGGAAGAAGGGUCAAGCGAGGAGGCUCGCACAUACGAUGAUGUACGUGAGGAACAAGUGGCAAGAAACACUGAGAAAAUGAAGAGUUUGGGGCUUGCUGUUAUUUCUAGUGAGAUGAAAGCAUCAAAGAAGGCUGCUGGAAAACCAAAGAAGAAGAGAGCUUUAGAAGUAGCUAUUCCAGAAUCCACUCGAGUGCUUAGAUCUCAAUCAGUUAUGCACGAGUCUGAUAAUGAAGAAGAUGUUGAUAAUGAACAAGAGCUAGAAGAGAAUGAAGAGCUGGGUUUGGAUGAUCAACAGAAGAAGAAAAAGGAUGGCCGGAAGCGCACUAGAAUGCACACUGUCUAUAACAGGGGCAACCAACCACCAGUUCCAGUGUCUUUUAAUGAAAAAGGACAACCAAAUGGGGACAAUGCCUCAGAAUUUAGCAAUUUCAUUGCUACGCUUGUCAAAACACAUAUCCCUCUUGGACAUGAGGACUGGAGACUUGUUCCAGUAGAAAAGAAGAAUGCAUUAUUGACAACCUUAAGGAAAUACUAUGUUGUUGACGACAAGCUCAAGGACUAUGUCAUGGGAACUUCUCAUAAGAAAUGGCGAGAUUUCAAGGUGGAUUUGAAGAAGAAGUUUUUUAAGCCUGAAAAAACUGAUGAAGAAAUCUUAACUCUUAGGGUUGAGGACAAUAGAGUAAGCUAUGAUGAUUGUGUCUGGCUUAUCAAAUUUUGGAGAAGUGAAGAAGCUGAGAAACGAAGUGAACAAGGAAAAAAGAAUCGAAGUUCUCAAAAGGUAUUGCAUACAUCUGGAAGCAAGAGUCAUGCUCGUGUUGCCGCUGAAAUGCACAAGGAGAAAGGAUAUGCUCCUCGCAGAGAUGAAGUGUUUGUCCGAACACACAUAAGCAAAAGAGAUGAAACUACUAUGACUGCAGAAACAUCAAAAGUAAUUAAGGACAUAGAUACUGCGAUUGAAGAGCACCCCGAGCUGUUAGAAAAAUCCAUUCAGCAAGGUGACAUCUUGUCACAUGUACUGGGGAAAGAGAGAAAUGGGUAUGUUAGGUGCGUAGGACUAGGACCAACUGCGGGCUCUCUUGGUAUACCAGGAGCUCAAAAGCUUAAAUCUACAAAGCUCCAAAUGGCGGAGCUAGAGGCUGAGAAAGCUUGGCGAACUAAUGAAGCUCUAAUGGAUCACAUGGAUGAUUUUAAAGAAGAUACCAAAGCUCAGAUGGAUGCCUUGAUGGCCGAAAUGGCUGAAAUGAGAAGCAUGUUAUCACAAUCUAUUGCUGGAAACAAGAACUUUAUGCAUACUUCUGCAAUUCAACCUGAAGCAAGUGUGGGAGAAUAUUCUACCUCUGACCAAUCUGUUCAUGAUGUUGAUAGCAUUGGUGAGGAAGAAGUUAUGAUGCAAGAGUUGAGGGAAGCACAACAACAAUAUGAAAAGAAGAGAGCAGAAGCAGCACAACUGAUUAGGAAGAAGAAGGAAGGAGCCCAACGACUAAACAAUGAAGCAGAACUACAGAAGAGAAAGGAGGUUGAACUACUGCACAAGAAGAAAGAAGAGGCCCUAAUGCAAAAGAAUAACGAACAAGACAUGCAAAAGAAGAGGGAAAUUGAGUCGAAGAAGAAACAAGAAGACCUGAUGCAAAAGAAGAAGGAACAAGACAUGCAAAAGAAGAGGGAAGCUGACCUGAAGAAGAAGAAGGAAGCAACAGUUACACAAAAGAAUCAUCAGAAAGGAAAUGAAGUGAUUUUGUUCAAUGUUUAUCGUGAUCAUACUACACCAGUGGCAAAAGCUACCAUUCUAGCAACUGACAGGAAGAAGAUCGUAGGGGGUCGUGAGCUUGGCACUGAAUGUUGUGAAGUUGUUGUCAACUACAUCAUCAAAAGAGAUGCCAUAUUGCCUCGUCCCAUUGGCGAUGUGACGACCAUGGGACAAGCUCAAGGAAGAACUAUUGCAUGGCUCUAUAAACAUCUGGAGGUUGACAAGUCCAAGAUGAAGCAAGCCUCGCCGCCACAAGAAAAUGAACUCCCAAGAGUUUAAUUAACAGCAGAAGAGGUUGAUCAUCAUCAGGGCAAGAAAUAACUAGGAUUUCCAUGGACUAGAUGCAUGCCCAACCACUGUCUUGGACUUAUUUAUGCACUAUUCGUUGUCUUAGGAACAAACAUAUGUAUUGUCAUUGUCUUAGAAACAAACCUAUUCACUGUUGUUGUUCACUUUGUUGUCGAUGGGCGAACUAUUUAUGGUUUUGUGCA